UCAUCAUUUAGUGCAAACAGUGAACUAUUCAAAAUCUUGCAACAAAAGUAGAAUAUCCAUAAACUUUGAAAUGGGAAGACUGUCUCGUGAUAAAUUCCCACAUCACGGAUUCCACUUGAACAGACAGGGGAAGGAGCAAGUAUGCAAUAGACUGCCUUCGUUAAUUAAAAUAAACAAUCGUACAAACAUAAUGCAAUUAUCUUUGAAUCGACCAUUCUACCUGAAGACAUCAGUGUUUACCCAAAAUAAAUACAAUGUUAAACCCAGUGCAAUACAAGUGCCUAAAAUGAAACAAAUGCUACUUGACAAGUGGAUUACCAUUAGAAUCACCACAGCACACGGAAGGCAGGACCCAGAAUCCAGGGAACCAGCUAGCAAUAAGACACCACCCACACCUCAAAACAAGGAGGAUUUUUUACACCUAACAAUACUAGAUGUAAAAAAGAGGCCCAAUAAAGAAAUACAAAUACCAUACCGCUGGAUUGGUCACAAGGAGACGUACGGCAGAGCAUUUCGUGUGACUUCCACGUACACCUGAUGUGAUGCCCUGCGAUCUUUGCCUGUUAUUGAAGCAGUUGUUGCAGCCAGACACACUGAUAAGUUUUGGAGCAAACUCACCAAUCGUCUCAAAGUGGGGCUUGUGACAAAUGGUGCUCACAUUGAAGACUUGUAGUAAUAACUGUUUGAGUUGCUCUUUCAUUUGAUGUAUUAUUUGUAAGUCAAAUGUAAUAAAUGCU